UCCUUCCCCCUGGCAUAAAAGGGCACCCUGCGCUUGGGACAAAGGUAACGCCAAGAGGAAGGAUGUCUCCUGCCAAAGGCCUGCGUCGCCUCUCCCUCUGCCCCAAGGGCCCCGUAGCUGCUAUCCCCUUUGGGGACCUGCUGGAGAAAGUGGGCAGCAUGGGCCCCUUCCAGAUCUUUUCUGUCCUGCUGCUCACCUUGCCGGUCCUGCUCCUCGCCAGUCACAACCUGGUGCAGAACUUCAGCGCCGCCUCCCCGGAGCACCGAUGUCGCCUGCCGUCGCCGGCCAACACCUCCCAUCACGGCCACCCUCUCCAUCUGGACCAGAGCAUUUGGCCGGACAGGUGCCACCGCUUUGCUGUCAGGCUGGCCCUUGAUGCCAAUGGCUCCCUGAGCCAGGAUAAGGACCCUGAGCUGGAGCCAUGCCAGGACGGCUGGCAGUAUGACCGCAGCACCUUCACCUCCACCAUCGUCACCGAGUGGGAUCUGGUCUGUCACCUACAACCCCUCAAGAGCCUGGCUCAGUCCCUCUUCAUGGGAGGGGUCCUGGUGGGAGCUUUCAUCUUUGGAGACCUGUCUGACAGGUUUGGGCGCCGUCUGAUCCUCAUCUGGUCGCUGCUGCUGGUCGCUGUCACGGGGACGGGGGCUGCCUUCUCUGCCACCUUUGCCACCUACUGCAUCUUCCGCUUCCUAAGCGGUGUGGGCAUCUCUGGGUUCCUGCUGAACUACGUCUGCCUCAGCCUGGAGUGGGUGCCCACCAAGCAUCGUGCCACAGUGGUGGCCACACAGAGUUACAGCAGCACAGCUGGGCAGGUGCUCCUGGCCGGCCUGGCCUAUGGCCUCCGCGACUGGCGCUGGCUGCAGCUGGCCAUCUCCGCCCCGUUUUUUGUCUUCUUCGCCUACUCUUGGUGGCUACCAGAAUCAGCCCGGUGGCUCCUUAUGAACAAUAAGCGAGAGGCCGCCCUCCGCAACCUGAAGCAUGUGGCCAAGAUCAAUGGGAAGGCAGCUGCAGGGGAGGCCGUGGUCCUGGAGAUGUUGGAGACCGAAGUGGCAAACAGCACUUCAAAGAGGGGCACCCACUCCUGCUUGGACCUCUUCCGCACUCCGACCCUGAGACGCAUCUCUUGCUGCCUCAUGUUGAUAAGCUUCUCCAUCAACCUGGCCUACUUUGGACUCUCCAUGGACCUCUCUGACUUUGGCCUGGACGUCUUCGUGGUCCAGCUCUUCUUCGGGACCAUCGACCUGCUGGCCAAGAUGGGCUGCGCCCUUUUGCUGGCAUUCUUCGGCCGACGGACCAUCCAGAGCCUCUCCCUCAUCCUGGCUGGAGUUUUCCUCUUGCUCACCCUCGCGGUACCCGCUGAAAUGUUGACAGGCCGCCUGGCCCUUGUGGUGCUGGGGAAAGGCUGCCUGGCGGCCUCCUCCAUGUGCCUGUAUCUCUAUGGCGGGGAGCUUUUCCCAACUGUCGUGAGGCAAACAGGCACCAGCUUCACCAUGGUGAUGGCCCGUCUGGGUGGCAUCGUGGCCCCAGGGGUGCUGACGGCCGGUGACUUCCAGCCCUUCUUGCCCCUGGUGAUAUUUGGCGUCACUCCCAUAGUCUCUGGCCUUGCCGCUGGUUUCCUUCCCGAAAUACACAACCUCCCCCUGCUGGAUACGGUAGAAGAAGUGGAAGAAAGAGCCCGACGGAAACCCAAAACAGUUCUCAAGGAGAUGCAGGAGAAGAGCAGCGCUCAAGUCGUCUGGUCGACUCGCUUCUGAGCUUCAGAUGUACGAGAAACAGGAUCAUUCUCUGGUAGCCAGCCUGGGCAGGUAGAGCAACAUUCCUUACUGGAGCUCAGCCUCUUUCGAGGGACUCUGUAAUGCAUGGGACAACUAGGCUGCGGACAUCCAUAUCCCAGAGAGAAAAGGGAACCUUGAGGAACACCUUCCUGCCUCCUUGCCCACCUGUGCAAGUGAGCUCCCCUCCUCUGAGUGCUUCCUCCAUCUGAACUGAGGUGGGAGGUGACUGGAGGAAGGACCUUCUCAGUGGUGGCCACUCUUUGACGGAAUCCUCUCCCCAGGGAGGCCUGCCAAGCUCCUGCUUUGUAACCUUUGUGGUGCCAAGCAAAUACCCCCCCACUCCAGCUUUUAAAAACUUUCAACGGUGAUGCGAUUUGCUGCCAGUUUUAUGGUUUGUAUUUAAAAAUAAUGAUUCAGCAAGCAUAAAAGCGGGCACUCUGCCUUUCUCUCUCACACAUACACUCCCCUUGUCAUAACCAGCCCUGCCCGACUAUUUCUCCAUCUUGGUUGCCAUGCCACCUUUUUGUUGUUGGUUGGACGGAACGUCGGAUGUGGAAAUUGCAGAGAGACUGGGAUGGAUUUUCUCACUGUGGGAUUCGAGAGACUGGUGGGAUGGGAGGUGUGACAUCCCCAAAACUGACAGAUGGAAAGGCCGUUGGAACAACCCCAAGACUCUACACAUACCUGCCUGGGGGGAGACAAAUCUCAGAGGAAUACAAGAAGGGAGGCCUCCCCCCUGGGUUGACAGAUUAGCCAGCCUUUCUUGACUUGCUUGCACGACUACCCUGCACAGGGGCUUUGCUUCCAGAACUAGUUCUGAGUACUAUUUAUUUUGUGUCUAUGCUAGUUGAUUGUUAAUAAAUAAACAGUUGCAUUUGUU